AUGAGUGGUUUUACAAUUGAUAGGUCGAAGACGAUCCAUGUGCCUUUUCGCAGUGUUGCGGGCCCGGUGAAUGUGGCAGACAGAGCUGGUGGAAAAAAGGUCAGAACAGUUAGGAAAUCGAGAUUUAGGGAGGAGGGAUUGGAUGAUGAAUUCAUUGAGAGAGUGGAUGUUGGUAGUUUGGGAGAGGAGUUUGCUGUUAUUGGCAAUAGCUUGAGGACGAGGGGUAUGCGGGGUGGAACACCGACGAUUAUACAGGCUUCACCAUUUUCAGGGGAAAAGAGAGGAAACGAAGAACCGCACGAUGCGCUGAGGGUAGCAGAUAUUGGAAAGAUUGGCAUACCGAUAAUUGCGACUCCGAAUACACGUACGGCCUUUUCUACAAUACCAAGAGUUGCGUUGCUCGCGUUCUUGAUUGGAGUGGUUGUGCCUGCGUUUGGAUAUACAGGAAGGCAGCAAAAUAAUAUACAUGUCAUGAAAGGAAAUGGUGCCGAUGCGGGAGUGAUAGGGGCUUCAGAAUUGAUGGAUAACGGGGGCAUGAUUGAUGGGAGAGCGAAUAGUCCUACUUCGGUUUGUACUAGAUGGAGUCAUAUGAACAACAACUUCCUAAAAUUGGAUCUCACAAAGACCUGGCAAAUCGCAUCACCAGUUUUAUCGGGCUUACCACAACCAUCCGGUCCUCCGGCAGUUGCUAUGGGCUCUCUCUGGCAUACAUAUGACUCCUUAUUUUUAUAUGGAGGGGAAUUUUCAGAUAGUCCACCGACUUCUCCUUCAGCAGUAGCAACAUGGAAAUAUGACAUUGCAUCGUCGACCUGGACUGAAUUCUCAAAUCCGCGAACUGCGGCAGGCAAUGGUUCAGAUGUUGCGCCGGCGGAUGUUCAACGGGCUGCGGAGGGUGCGGGAUUGAGUGUUCCAGAAUUGGGCAGGAGUUGGUAUUUUGGUGGACAUUUGGAUAUGUACACAACACCUGGAUGGUCAAAUCAAAUUGCUAGAAUAUAUCUGAAGAGCCUUCUAGAGUUCACUCAUCCUGGAUAUACGAAUACUGGAGUAGCUUCAUUGGGAACGACGAGAGGAGCAGACUCUGGUGGUGUAUACAGAAAUAUUACAGAAGGUGGCUUACAAGAUGAUGCUGGCUUUACAGAAAGAGCCGAUGGGGUUUUGGUAUACGUCCCUGGGUGGGGAGUUGAUGGACUUUUACUUGGAUUAGCCGGUGGUACUAAUGCGACGUUUACAGAGAUGAAUAUCAUUGAUGUGUAUGACAUUGCGAGUAGUACUUGGUACAAGCAGAGCACCUCCGGAGCAACUCCUCCCAUUCGCGUCAACCCUUGCGCUGUAGUUGCCGCAGCACCAGACGGUAGUAGCUUUAACGUUUAUUUAUACGGAGGACAAAAUCUCAUUCCCUAUGGCAGCCAAACUCAAUAUUCAGAUAUGUGGAUUCUGACAAUCCCAUCUUUCACUUGGAUCCAAGUUGAUAUGUCCGACCAAUCUCAACCGCCAGCCCGAGCGGGCCACACUUGUAAUCUCUGGGAUGGGCAAAUUGUAGUCGUUGGUGGCUAUGUGGGAACAGAUAUAUCGUGUGAUAGUCCUGGCAUAUACGUCUUCAAUGCAUCAUCUCUUCAAUGGACCAAUUCAUUCACAGCACUUUCGUCCUCGUCUUCAUCCUCUUCUUCAGCAGACCAAGACUCCGAUAUCGUCCAAGCCUCUACCGGUUAUACCGUCCCUGACGUCGUACAAUCGGUGAUUGGUGGUUCUUCCCUUGGAGGUGCAACAGCUAGUACGCCCGCUGUCGGGUCAGCUACUAUUGGUCCCCUAGCAACCGGCAAGCCACCUACUUUCACUGUAACACAAUCUCCUUCCACGGUAACAUCAACAGCUGCCCCUACCUCAUCCACAGCACCUUCAACCGGUCCAGCCAAAAAAGGAACAAAUAAAGCAGCAAUUAUCGCAGGCGUCAUUGCCGCCGCAUUAGCCUUCUUAGCUGGAUAUCUUGCAUUUUGUACUUGGUUAUACCGGAGACAGUUGAAGCUGUAUAAAGAUCAUGUGGCGAUGUCUCAAAGGGCAGCUUUUGUCCCCGCGAAUAGAAUGUUUAGGGCCUCGGAUGGAUCGAAUGGGGAUGGACAUUAUGGGGAGAAAGUGGUAGGAACUGGCAAUUCUAUGAUGUUAGGUCCGUUUGGGACUGAUAUUAGUGGAACAGGUGGAGUACAGACUCCUAGUGUGAGGUCUGAAGGAGGAGGGCUUUUAGGUUCUGGAAAUGAAGGUAGUGGAAGUGGGAGUGGAAGUGGGAGUGGGAGCGGGAGCGGAUAUGAUGAUAGGAGGGGCGGAAGUGGAACAUAUGUUUAUGGAGGUGGUACAAUGCCAGGAGGAGCUUCAUAUCAAAGAAUUAGUGAAGAAGAUGAGGGAAUAAUGAUGGGGAGCGGAAGUGAGAGUGCCAAGGCCGGAUGGAGGGGUCAUGCAAAAAGUGCAGGGAGUGAAGGGAGUAUUACUAGUAGUUUGGAGGAUCUUUUGGGGGAUAGAGAACCCAGUUUCUUUAACGUGGUGAUGAAUCCGAGGAGGACAUUGAGAGUUGUUAAUAGUGAUUAG